AUGGAGAAGUCGGCGUCUGUCAUGAAGUCGAUGCAGUCGUUGGUGAAGGUCCAGGAGAUCUCACACGUCAUGCAAGACAUGUCCCGAGAGAUGAUGAAAGCGGGGAUCAUAGAGGAGAUGAUUGAGGAGACUCUGGACGACCAGUUGGAUACGGAUGACCAGCUCGAGGAGGAGGCGCAGCAAGAGGUCGACAAAGUGCUGUGGGAGCUAACGGCCGGCCAGUUGGGUGCGGCUCCGGCAGCCCUCACCGACACGUUGCCUUCGGUGGGCGAGGCAUCGGCGGCGCCACCCGUGGCCACCGCUGUCGACGAGGACGAAGACAUCAGUGAAAUGCAACAGAGAUUACAAGCGCUCAGG